CCAGCAGUGAUCCCGCGCGCCGAGUCUCGCGUCUAUCGCCCACUGUGAUGAAAACAUUGGACAGCUCGGUGCGGGGACGUCCUGCUCCUGGCAAGAACAUCUAAGCCACUGCUCCUCGCCGUGGCUCCGCGGAAACAACCAAUGACGUGCCAACCAACGGAACAUCUGAAAAGAAACUGUUGACUUAACAAAAUGAAGCCAAAUUUUAGAUGGAAGAAAAAUGAUCUUUGUGCAGAUAAUGCACGGACUUCGAAUGAAGCUCUUCAUACUGAAAGUAUUCUUCCCCAUGAUGGAAAUCAUGUGGCUGCAAGCAACAUAGUAGUUGCAAAUGGUGGUUCCCCCCAUCAUGUAGCUCCACUGAUCAAAGACCCUGAAUCAGAGGGAAGAAAGCCUAAGUGUUUUUGUGGCUCACAAGUGAUAAAGACAAGAACUCGACAGGGCAACAGUUGGUGCAUAUUGAAAAAUAUAUUCAACUGGAGACCAGACUGGAGAGGGAGUUUUGUGUUCGUUGUGAUUGUGGUGUGUUUGCUGAGCAGAACAACGCUAGGGGCAAUAAAUAGUGACAGUAGUACUGAUGAUGGUGAUGAUCAGUUAAUUUUUAACGCAAGAAGACUGCGUAUUUUGACAGAGCCAGACUCAACAAAUUUUUUAAAUGAAAAAAAUAGUAACACUGAUGGAAUUACUGGGAGUGAUACAAAAUCUGAACCAAUUCCCUGUGGAAAAAAUAAAGAAGUACACGUGAAGAUCCAAUACUCUACCAGCAUCGUGGAAAAUGAGUACAUAGUGGCCUUUAAGGGAUACUACAGGAAAGAGGCUCGUGAGCGUUUCAUUGAGGCAGCCUUGAACGAGUCCAAUGUGGUUCGAUGGGAGGUGAUGCCACGCAACAACCCAGCGAGCGACUACCCUAGUGACUUCGAUGUGGUUCAGAUUCAAGAGGUUCACAAAAAUGUAGGGCUGGAUGCAUUAAAGGACCAUCCAGCAGUUAAGAGAGUGACUGCCCAACGCAUGGUUAUACGUCAUCUCCAUUUUGUUAAUGACACUGAAGAUGAAUCAGAAUCGGACAUUUGGGAUGGACAAAUGUUUGCUAAUGUUUCAAAUGCUGGGGAUGGAAAUGUAAUUUUCAAUAUAAGUGACUCUGAUGAAAUGACCUUAGAAGCAGAGUCUUCCUUAAAUAGUAUGGAAGUACAGAGUGAUUUGGAAUAUGACAAUGUGUUGCCUGAGAGCAGUGAUGACAAUACAAAACCUGAAUCCAAAAAUGGUGAUGAGCCUUGCGAUGGAAAAGAGUGCAGUGAGGAUGAGACUGAGGACGGCACCUGGCCAGCCUCAAGGCCCCUGCGCCGCUCUUCUUUGACACUGGGCACAGCAUUUUGGCAAACCACUGGGAGACACUCAAAUGCUCGUCUUCUACGUGCCAUCCCCAGACAAAUAACAACCACCUUGCAGGCAGAUGUACUUUGGAGUAUGGGCAUUACAGGUACUGGUGUCAAGGUAGCUGUGUUUGAUACUGGGCUUUCUAAAUCCCAUCCUCACUUCAAGCGCAUCAAGGAGAGAACCAACUGGACAAAUGAGAAGACUCUGGAUGACGGCUUAGGCCAUGGCACCUUUGUGGCUGGGGUGAUUGCCUCCAGUGGGAAAACAUGUUUAGGGUUUGCCCCUGAUGCUGAGCUGCACAUAUAUAGAGUAUUCACCAACAAUCAGGUUUCUUACACAUCUUGGUUUUUAGAUGCUUUCAACUAUGCAAUUCUUAAGAAGGUGGAUGUGUUGAACCUAAGUAUCGGUGGACCUGAUUUUAUGGAUCAUCCUUUUGUUGACAAAGUAUGGGAAUUGACAGCAAAUAGAGUCAUCAUGGUGUCUGCCAUUGGCAAUGAUGGACCACUUUAUGGAACUUUGAACAACCCGGCUGAUCAGAUGGAUGUCAUAGGUGUUGGUGGCAUAAAUUUUGAGGAUCAAAUAGCUCGUUUUUCAUCCAGAGGCAUGACGACCUGGGAACUGCCUCAGGGCUAUGGGCGUGUCAAGCCUGACAUUGUGACCUAUGGGUCCCUGGUGCAAGGAUCAAGCAUGGAGGGCAAGUGCCGGCAGCUCUCUGGCACCUCAGUAGCCUCUCCAGUUGUUGCUGGAGCUGUCACUCUCUUAGCCAGUGGAGUGUUGCACCGAGGAGGCAUUAUUAACCCAGCCAGCAUGAAGCAAGCUCUGAUGGCUUCAGCACGCAGGUUGCCAGGAGUAAACAUGUUUGAACAGGGACAUGGCAAACUUGACCUUGUGAAAGCAUAUCAAGUACUUUCCAAAUAUAAACCUCAGGCUUCUUUAAGUCCCAGCUACAUAGAUCUCACUGAGUGUCAGUACAUGUGGCCAUACUGCACUCAGCCUCUGUACUAUGGUGCCAUGCCUAUCAUAGUUAACGUCACAAUUCUCAAUGGCAUGGGUGUAUCUGGGCGCAUUGUGGAAAAGCCCAUUUGGCAUCCAUACACUCCUCAGUUUGGACAGCAUCUUGAAGUUGCCUUUACCUAUUCAGAGGUAUUAUGGCCAUGGUCAGGUCAUCUUGCUGUGUGGAUCACUGUGGCAGAGAGUGGCAAGGACUGGGAAGGCCAUGCACGAGGGCACAUCUCCAUCACUGUGGAGUCUCCCCCAGAAGAAGGGGAAACACAGCCAAGAAUUUCUCAUGUCAAAUUGCCUGUCAAGGCAAAAAUGAUUCCCACACCACCUAGACACAAACGUGUGUUGUGGGACCAGUUCCACAACCUGCGUUACCCACCUGGAUACUUUCCCAGAGACAACUUGCGCAUGAACAAUGACCCUCUGGACUGGAAUGCAGACCACAUUCAUACAAACUUUAAAGACAUGUACCAGCACUUACGUAAUAGUGGAUACUAUGUUGAGGUUUUAGGAUCUCCUUUCACUUGUUUUGAUGCAAGCAAGUAUGGAACACUGAUGAUUGUUGAUCCUGAAGAAGAGUAUUUUCCUGAAGAAGUGACAAAGUUACGACAAGAUGUUGAGAAAGGCUUAUCUAUCAUAGUGUUUGCUGACUGGUACAAUGUUCAUGUUAUGAAGAAAGUGAAGUUCUAUGAUGAAAAUACCAAGCAACUGUGGAUGCCCGUCACAGGGGGCAGCAACAUCCCUGCCCUCAACUAUCUCCUUGGGUUUUGGGGUGUGGCCCUCAGUGAUGGUGUUUAUGAGGGGGACUUCACACUGGGUGACAGGGACAUGUAUUAUGCCACAGGAUCCUCCCUGGCACAGUUUCCACGAGAGGGAACAGUGAUACGCAAAACCCUCAAUGACCAUGCCAAGGAAAUGUUGGAAGCUGAGACUGAGAGUGUUCAAGAUGUUCCCAUCCUCGGUUUGCUGCAGACGGAGGGCAAUAAUCUUGCUGACUCUGUUGACAAGGGUCAGAGCCUCGGCCGUUUAGUGGUGUAUGGGGACUCUAAUUGCUUGGACAACAGUCACCUUCAAAAGGACUGUUUUUGGAUGCUGGAUGCCCUUCUUGAGUACACUACUACAGGCCACUUGGCAGGAGUGUUCAGUUCAAGUGCUGGAGCUCCUAUUCCACCUACUACUGAUUUACCCACAAAAAUGGAAAACAGCAACUUGCACAAACACUCAAAGGUUGUGGAGCACACGCUGGGCAUGGAACAAAUCGGCCUCUGCCUGAAUGUCCAGUCCUCCAUGAUUGUGGCAGCAGUCAAAGUGGCCUCAGUAGAUGUUCAGCCCCUGCCCCUGGACAGUCAUGGAGUUAACCAGGGGGACAUAGCUUCUGGCCCCUCAAACAAAGGAUUUGAUGACCUUGGUGGUGUCAGCUGUCUUGUUGAAAGAUCACGUAACCAGUCUCUUCGAUAG